GUGGCAGAAGAGAUGUCGAUGGACCUGGGCCCCUGGUUGUUGGUCUUCAUGCUGGGUCUGAGUCUGACCCUACCCACCCUGGCUCAGGAUAACGCCAGGUACGAAAAAUUCCUGACUCAGCACUAUGAUGCCAAACCAGGGGGCCGAGAUGACAAAUACUGCGAAACCAUGAUGAAGAAACGAGGCCUGACCUCACCCUGCAAAGAAGUCAACACCUUUGUUCAUGGCAAGAAGCGCAGCAUCAGGGCCAUCUGUGACGAUAGCAAUGGAAGCCCUUACAAAGAAAACCUAAGAAUAAGCAAGUCUUCUUUCCAGAUGACCACGUGCACCCAUAAAGGAGGGUCCCCCCGCCCUCCAUGCAAGUACCGAGCCACAGCAGGGUUCAGAACCAUUGCUAUUGCCUGUGAAAACGGCUUUCCUGUCCACUUGGACCAGUCCUUUAUCCGUACAGGUUAAAGGACCAGUCCUUUAGCCAGCAGGCCAGUGGCCAAGAGCUGGCCUUGCCUUCCUUUCCUUGCCUUUCCCCUCUCUUCACCCCAGAACAGCAGUGGCAACAUUUGUUGCCAGAGAACAAGCUGCCUGAAUCUUUUGUUUUCUGUUUCACAAUAUGU